ACCCGUGUCAUUUUGAAGUCUGGGAUCCAUGUGGCUACUUCACAGACGCGUUCAUCGCCACCAGAGAGGAAAGGGGAUAAAGGCAACACGGGACAUAAGCAGCGCGACUUAAUAACCACAUGUGCAGAACAUUUGGUACCCUGGAUAUGAGAUCACUGGGGCGGGCUUGAAUUGGGAUGUAAAGACGCGGUGAAAGAAAAAAAAUAAAAAAAUCUACCGACAGAAUUUCAGCGGGUUACCAGCCCUUAAGGGAAACAACUACAAAAAAGGAGCGCAAGGAAAUUGUUACCGUGUGAUGCCCACACACAGAAAUGACCACUGAUCAGGAUCUGACUAUGGAGGGCCAGCCAGACACAGCCGUGUUUGCUGCAAAGGGCAUUGAUGUAACAACUAGUAAAGACCAAGGAGUUAUCAAGGUCGUGAAGCGUCAGGGGCUCGAUGGAGAGCGACCGAUGAUUGGGGACAAAGUGUCCGUCCACUACACUGGGAGGCUGCUCACCGGGGAAAAGUUUGACUGCAGUCGAGAUCGCAAAGAGACUUUUUGCUUCAAUGUGGGCAAAGGUCAAGUCCUCAAGGCCUGGGAUAUUGGUGUGAUGUCUAUGCAGAGGGGCGAGGUGUGCAUGCUUCUGUGUAAACCAGAGUACGCUUAUGGAUCUGCUGGAAAUCCUGACAAAAUUCCUCCCAACGCGUCAGUUGUGUUUGAGAUGGAGCUACUCAAGUUUGACGGAGAGAUUCUCACAGAAGAUUCUGGCAUCAUGCGAAGAAUAAAGGUCAAAGGUGACGGUUACACUAAUCCAAACGAUGGCUCAAGUGUUGAAGUGCACCUGGAGGGAAGAUGUGGUGGUGGUCGUCUGUUUGACUGCAGGGACGUCAGCUUUAUUGUUGGUGAGGCUGAAGAACAAGGCAUUCCUCUCGGAGUGGACCGAGCCAUGGACAAGAUGCAGAAAGGAGAGUGCUGUUUACUUUACUUGAAACCAAAGUAUGCCUUUGGAAGCAGAGGUAAACCGGAGUACAACAUUGGACCAGACAGAGACAUAAUAUAUGAAGUUACCCUCAAAAGCUUUAAAAGGGCGAAAGAAACCUGGGAAAUGGCAUUGCCUGAAAAGCUAGAUUUGGCUGCUGGAGUUAAGCAUAAAGGGAAUCAGUAUUUUAAGUCAGGGCUGUACCACCAGGCAGUCAUCCAGUACCAGCGUAUCGUUUCCUGGCUAGAGAUGGAGGUUGGUACUGGGAUAGAGCAGCAGAAGAGGAUACAGUCUUUUAUGUUAACAGCACACCUCAAUUUAGCGUUGUGUUUCCUACGGAUAAAAGAUUUCUCACAAGUUGUGGACAACUGCAACAAGGCGAUUGAGCUGGAGGAAAACAACGAGAAGGCUUUGUAUCGUCGUGGGGAAGCCCGUCUCCUUCGCAACGAGUUCAGCAUGGCCAUGGAGGACUUUCAGCAUGUGCUGCAAGUCAACCCUUCAAAUCGAGCGGCACAGGCUCAGAUUUCCAUCUGCCAGAGAAAGAUUAAGGCACAUCAUGAACAGGACAAGAAGACCUACGCCAACAUGUUCCAGAAAUUUGCAGAGCGGGAUUCCAAGGUUGGAAAGAUGAGGAGAAGGCGGAAUGAGAGCAUGAGGAGCGGCAUGAACGGUGAUAUGGACAACAAACGACGGCGGAGGAGUCAGGACUGUCCAUCGUAAAAGUGACAUUUUGAAAGGGAGAAAAAAGAAAGACAUGCUUUCCUUUGCUUUCCAAUCCGGGGAGCAGGGGCAGGAACGAAGUCGUAUAAAAGCCUCUAAUCCAAACCUCUUCAUCCCAAAAUCCAACAUUACCAUUCCUGCAUACAAAGCAGAGUGUAAGCAGGGACGUUUGCAAGCCAAACAGCGUUUCCCUUGUCACAUGCCCUGUGCGACUGCCAGGACGUACCUCCCAGUGGAAAAAGCACUGCAGAAUCAGUGAGUUAAGAUUGGUGAACACUUCCAGCCCCCAUCUUUUAGUUCUUUACAAACACAGAGUAAUUCCAUUUAAUUUGUCAUAAGACUACAGAGUAGAGUUCAGAUGUGCCUCCACAGCGUAUUUCAUAUUCCCAAACUUUAUAUAACUAUAACUAUCUGGCCUGUAUUUGGUAUUAAGCCUUUUCUUGGGCAUCUGCAUGCAUGCAUCACGAGGUGUUUGGGAUUCAGACUUGAUACUUUGCUAUUUUUUGGAAUUUUGCAAUACAGUAUGUACUUCAGAUAAAAGGCAUAUCAAGUCCCAGAAUCUCAGUGGGAUUCUAAACCCUUCCCUGCAAAAGUGAGAAAAACUAAAUAACUUUGUUCAUAAAAAUAUAAUAAAGCCUGUAUUCAUGUAAAGUAAUUUUGGUAAAACUGAAAAUACAGAAAUACUAAAGUGUUACAAAUCCAGGACUUCAAAAAAAUAAAAAACUCCAAUAUUGCAUUAAUCACCAAGCAACCUCAAGUUUCUAAUCAGCAGAGGCAGAGCGAAGAAUCUGAGACAAGCACAAACUACAGAUACUAAAUUAUACCAAAACAUAAAUGUGUGAGUAUGGCGUUCUGGCAAAAUCAAAAUUCACUGUAUUUGGUUAAUGCUAAUAACAGUUGAAUUAUCAUUAUUUUGUGACAUUAAGCUGCUACCUAUAAAGGCAAAUUAGUAUUUUUUGAAAAGCCUAUAACAGAACCCAAACUGGUGUAGAGAUUAUUUCCAGAAAUAAAAAUCAAAUUCAGCCCCUUGUUUUGGGCAAAGAUGAAGCAUUUUUUACGAUGGGUAAGACCAUGACUUUAAGUAAUUUAUUCAUUAAUACAUGCGUAAUAGGUCAUUUUUUAAUUUGUUGAAAUCUCUAUUUUAUCCAUUAAACACGUCACACUGACUAAAGAGUUUUUUUAAAGAGAAGUCAGUCUGGAAUUGUAGUAGAACAACAAUGAUCUAUGGAAGUGAUAACAGAUGACAACAUCCUUUUUAUGGACUGAUACAUUUAAGGUGGCAGCUGCAAAAACUUUAAUGACAUUAAAAUAAAAUACAAAAGAUGAUAUAUAUAUAUAAACUGAAAUGUUUCUACUCCCGAGCUUUGGUGGAUUUUAGUGAUUGAUGACUUUCUUCUUCUGUUGCACUCAUUGUAUGUUUAUCUAUCAGCUAAUUGCAUAAACAAGCAUGACACAAUCCUCAACACACAUACAAUCUUCAAUUAACAGACGACUGUAAUAACUCCUCAGCAUUAUGAUGCUGACCUCUUACAAAAGGAGGCAUUUGAUUAAAAGAUAACCCCUAUUCCCACCUUUGCAUUUGACAGGACAGAUGCACCCUGUGAGUGCAAGUGGGAGAGGGACAGAGAAACCAUAAUUAAGCUUUAAAAUCAGUCAGAACCACGGCCUAAUCUUUCAGAGAUUUCAUUUCACAUUUCAAAUCUGGCAAUGUGAUCAACUACAAUAUUUUACAUCUGUGUUGGUCUUUUUGCCUCAGUCCCGGGACAGGCGUCUCAUUAUUUCACUGCAUCUAUUUCAUUUUUAAUUUUAAAUGUGUGAAUGUUAGAUAGUGGACAGUUUUGCACUUUGGUGACUGUCAAACCAACACUGUUAUCUUUUCAUGAAAUGUCUAGAUACGGUAUUGACAAUAAUCUUAAAAUGUUUUAUAAACAUUGGUUGGUUCAGAAUGAAAACCUUAGCUGUCUUAAAUAUUUUGUGUACAAAAAUCAACAGUGUGUAUGUGUGUUAAUAUAUAUUGUUGUAUGUUAGCGAGGUUUUUAAACAGCCUAUUGCUUUAUGUUUUCAAGUACUGCUGGCUCCAAACAUUCAAACAUUUUGUACAGUCGAAAUGAGCAUGAAGUACUUUUUUUCUAGCAAUUAUAAAUUGCAUUUAAGCAUAUACAGAAUAUUUAUCCCUCUUUGUCAACUACAAAAAUAUUUCCCAGCCUCUAAGUGCUACAAUCAUCACUUUUGAAAACUUGACAGGAAUGAAUUGAAAACAAUGGACAUACACAAGCAGGAUUAAAUGCAGCUGGUCAAACUGCAGCACUGCCAAUGUGAGAAUUGAAUUUGAAUUGUUUUGUCAUACAAAAUGUUUACAUGUAUUCAAUUGAUCUUCACCCUGUAAAGCAACAUUUGCUCAAUGUAUUAAACCGGCAUUUAUGCAAAAGAAAUAUUUUCAGGCAAAAAAACUACCUGAGGUACCCUUGUUCAUGUAUUCUUUAUAUAUAUUUUUUUUAUUUUUUUUUGCACUUUAAAAGCAUAAAAUAAAUCCAAAAGUUGCAUUUAAAGAAAUAUGUCAUUCUUCAAGUUAUAGGGCAAUAUUUUUACAGUGUGGUAACAUCUUUAAAGUUUGAUUUUGAGACUAGCUGUAUCAUCAUAAAAAUUGUUAAAUGGUAAAAUUGCUGUAAAAAAUGUUGUACAUGAUUUUACAUAAUGGCUGGUUGAUUGUAUGUGUCUAAUACAGGAUCAUAAUAG